CUAAGAGAAUUUAAAUUUGCCCAAACCAUGAUCUUUGCCAUUGGUGAACUUAACCAAAGCCCUGACCUCCUUCCUAAUCGCACUCUGGGCUACAAGAUCUUUAAUGCCUGUGGAAUGUCCAACAUCAUGAAGUCAGCAAUAGAUUUAGCAAAUGGCCAAAGAACUAAAAUAUAUGAGGGAAACUGUACAAAGUCUGAGACAACGCAGGCUGUGCUAGGCCACUCCGCCUCUACUCCAACUAUGGGAUUUGCACGGAUUAUAGGAAGGUUCCAGAUUCCUGUGAUCAGCCAUUUUGCAACGUGUGCCUGUCUGAGCAACAGACAGGAGUAUCCAUCCUUUUUCAGAACCAUUACCAGUGAUUACCACCAAAGUAGAGCCUUGGCAAAACUUAUGAAACACUUUGGCUGGACCUGGGUUGGGGCCAUAAGUAGCAGUAAUGACUAUGGUAUUAAUGGGAUGACUACAUUUAUAGAGGCUGCACAAGAGGAGGGAGUAUGCAUCGAGUAUUAUGAAGCAUUCCAGCAAACAGGGCCAAUUCACGAAUUAGCAAAAAUUGUUGAAGUUGUCAAGCGCUCAACUUCCAAAGUGAUCAUGGCAUUUAUGACACAUCGAGAGAUAAAGGUGCUGGCAGCAGAGUUGUACAAACACAAUAUUACAGGACUUCAGCUUGUUGGCAGUGAUGCCUGGCUCACAGACCACUCUCUCACUGACAUUGAGGGCCACAGCAUCCUGGUUGGCUCCAUCGGCUUCAUCGUCAGCAGAGCUCAGAUCCCGGGGUUGGGGAAGCACCUUAGGGAUGUUCAACCCUCACAGUUCCCUGACAGCCAGUUUGUCAAAGAUUUCUGGGAAUAUAUGUUUGACUGUUCUCUGAACGGUACCGCUAAUAUGCAACGAAUGCCCUGUAAUGGAUCAGAGAGCUUACACAAUAUUGAAUCAUUCUUCACCGAUGUGUCUGAACUGAGGUUCACUAACAAUGUCUACAAGUCAGUUUAUGCUGUGGCCCAUGCUCUAAACAACCUGUUUGAAUGCAAGGACGGAAUGGGCCCAUUCUCCAAUGGGGAUUGUGAUAACAUUUAUUUUGUAUCCCCUCUACAGGUCUUACAUUAUUUACAGAACGUCAAUUUCACAACGAAACAAGGUGAACAAGUAUUUUUUGAUGAGAAUGGUGAUUCUCCUGCCGUCUAUGAACUCAUCAAUUUGAAAAAUGUCACCUCUGGAGCGAUGCAGAUAGCCCAAAUUGGUGUCUACAACUCAGCUUUGCCCAGCGAUAACCAGUUUACUAUGAAUGGCAUCCCCAUUGUUUGGGGAGGCGGAAUCUAUAGGGUGCCUGCCUCGGUGUGCAGUGAGAGUUGUGUCCCAGGAACUCGCAAGGUCCUCCAGAAAGGACAGCCCGUCUGCUGCUAUGACUGUAUACCGUGUGCAGAUGGAGAAAUCAGCAAUGUUACAGAUUCAGCGGAAUGCCUGAAGUGUCAUAAAGAAUUUUGGCCCAAUGGCAGAAGAGAUACAUGCAUCAUCAAAGAGAUUGAAUACCUUUCCUUCUCGGAGAUCAUGGGAUUCAUUUUAACAUUGUUUUGCCUGUCAGGAGUGAUUGUAACAGCAAUUAUAGCGUGGAUAUUUUUCCAAUUCCGAGAAACUCCAAUAGUAAGAGCCAACAACUCUGAGCUGAGUUUCCUACUGCUCUUCUCCCUGACUCUGUGUUUCCUGUGUUCUCUGACCUUCAUCGGCCGUCCCUCAGAAUGGUCCUGUAUGCUUCGCCACACAGCGUUUGGGAUCACCUUUGUCCUCUGUAUCUCUUGUGUUCUUGGGAAGACUAUAGUGGUGUUGAUGGCCUUCAGGGCUAAACUACCAAGCAGCAAUGUUAUGAAAUGGUUUGGUCCAACUCAGCAGAGACUCAGUGUAUUGGCUUUCACUCUCGUACAGGUUGUGAUUUGUAUUCUUUGGUUAACAAUCAACCCUCCCUAUCCCGUAAAGAAUAUGGAGACUUAUAGGGAUAAGAUCAUUCUAGAAUGUGCCUUAGGAUCCUCUAUAGGGUUCUGGGCUGUGUUAGGGUACGUAGGGCUCCUAGCUAUGUUAUGUUUCAUAAUGGCUUUUCUGGCCAGAAAUCUACCAGAUAAUUUCAACGAGGCCAAAUUCAUCAACUUCAGCAUGUUGAUAUUCUGUGCAGUCUGGAUCACCUUCAUCCCUGCUUAUGUCAGUUCCCCUGGGAAGUUCACUGUAGCUGUGGAAAUUUUCGCCAUUUUAGCUUCAAGUUAUGGGUUACUUGUAUGCAUUUUUAUUCCUAAAUGUGUUUUAAUCUUACUACGGCCAGAGCAAAAUACAAAAAAACAUAUGAUGGGUAAGUCAACUGAAGUAAAGUACUGA